AGUCCCUACCUGCAGUUUAUCUACGCUGAGCGGCAUUAUUUUAACCUAAAAAUACUACGCUCAUUCAUUCCUACAAGUGAAACAUUUUUACUUAAAUUAAGUGGCUUCAUAUUUACUUCGCAAUGGCGACUGCUAUGCCGAUAAACCCUAAACCAUUCCUGAACAGUCUCACAGGUAAAGCCGUUCUGGUUAAAUUAAAAUGGGGACACGAGUACAAGGGAUAUCUGGUAUCAGUAGACGGUUACAUGAAUUUACAACUGGCCAAUACAGAGGAAUAUAUCGACGGAAGUGUUACAGGGAACUUGGGAGAGGUUCUUAUUCGGUGUAACAAUGUACUUUACAUAAGAGGGGCUGAAGAAGAAGAUGAAGAGGGAGAGACGAGAGACUAAUAGUGCAUAAGUGUAUAUGUGUGUUUCUUAUAAAACAAUUUUAGAAAUAAUGGAACGAUUCUUUAUUAUAAAAUAAAAGCCACCAAGAUAGCAAA